AUGCCAAUGCCUAAACGAGAUAUGGCAGUUACUACAAACAUGCUUGAUCGUCUUGUAGAGUUUUACCAGCAGGCAUAUGCUGACACACCUUUUUCAUUUCGAAGACCUUUCUCCCAUCAACAACAUGGUGACAUAACUGUGAGGCCACAAGCCACCCAAUACGGCCGACUUCAGAUAUCUGGGGAAACUUUUGGGUCAGUCUUCUCUGGCAGAUCAAACAGUAAUGCCUACAUUCUUGCCAGAUUCAUUAAUCAGCAUGAUAUAGUAGAGACAUACCCGGGUCAAGUACAAUAUUACCUGGAGCAUACAAUUGUCAUAAACGGUCUUCAAAUAAAACACUACUUGGCAUAUGUCCGCUGGUAUAAGCAAGUCUCUGUGGCAGAAAUCCGUUUCCACCUGUCUCCAGACAAGCAUCCAGAUAACUGUCUUGCAGAAUUGUGGGAUACAGAAUUUAGUGAGGAAGCGGCGGACUGUAUCUUACCAAUACAUAAUAUACUGGGACGAUUCUUACCUAGCACAAUUGAG